AUGCUGAGUGGUGGUGCAGCUAUUCACGUUAGUAAGCAGAGAUGUGUGUUGCAAGAUUCAGCUCGUGCCACAGUAAUCGUGUACGAUCAAAUGCUAUCACUCAAUUUCUUGGAACAACACAUUAAUAUCUUGGAGACUAACCUCGGAGACUGCUUUGCGUGCUUGGAGAGGCUUGGCAAGACCGAUUUAAAUCGCAGCAAGGACACCG